UUCUGCGGAGCGCGCCAGCGUCUGUCGGACCUUCAGCAUCCGAUUUAUUUCAUAAUAAAUACAGUAACUACACCUUCCAUGGCUACGCACGUAACGAAAACAAUGACCUGUUGUAAUCUUUGGAGGAGCUAUAUGUGCCGAGGAAUCCCUGUAUGAAGAGCAUCAUUUCACGGACGGGAUGGGAUCGCAACAUCGCGUUUAGGAUCUGCACGGGAAUGGAAAGUUAAAACGCUCGUGGACUGCGAGGACCGCAGUUUCUGUUUAGGAUCUGUUUUAAAACAAGUUUGAAAAUGAUCCUUUUUAGGCACAAUGAAAUCCAUCUUCUAUAGUCGCUUUUUCAUCCUUCUCCCGUGGAUCUUGAUAGUGAUCAUCGUGAUCGACAUCGACACCAAACGAUCGUCUGUUCGCAACACGGCCAGCUUCUAUUUCUCUCGGCUGGGAAACGUCCAGCAGCGGCAAGACGCCAGGACGACUCGAACCAGCAGCGUCAGCAGCAGCAGCCGGGCCGGGAGUAACAGCACAUCUCCCCCGGUAAUUUAUGCCAUCACUCCCACUUACAGCCGAGCGGUGCAGAAAGCGGAGCUCACCCGCCUGGCCAACACGUUUCGCCAGGUACCGCAGUUUCACUGGAUUGUGGUGGAGGACUCGAACUCUCACACGGAGCUGGUUUCACAGUUCCUCGCCCGAUCCGGGCUGCGGUACACCCAUCUGAACGUAUUCACCCCGCGCAGGUUCAAGCGGAAGGGGAUGCCCAGGGCUACCGAGCAGAGGAACGCGGCGCUCGGCUGGCUCAGGGGACAUCGCACCUCCAAAGAUAAAGGAGUCGUUUUCUUUGCGGAUGAUGAUAACACUUACAGCCUUGAGUUAUUUGAGGAGAUGCGGUCAACCAGAAGAGUGGCGGUGUGGCCAGUAGGACUCGUUGGAGGCCGGAGGUAUGAGCGUCCUCUGGUAGAGAAUGGGAAAGUAGUUGGAUGGUACACUGGCUGGAGGGCCGACAGACCAUUUGCAAUUGACAUGGCUGGUUUUGCAGUGAACCUACAGGUUAUCCUGUCAAACCCUCGUGCCAUGUUUAAGAGGAGAGGAGCAAAACCAGGGAUGCAGGAGUCCGACUUCCUCAAACAAAUCACUAAGGUUGAGGAUUUGGAACCAAAGGCACGCAACUGUACCCAGGUCCUGGUUUGGCACACCCGCACCGAGAAGGUCAUCCUGGGCAAUGAACCAAAGCGGCAGCAGGAUUCUCUUUAUAUCGAAGUCUAGUGGACUAGUGGAGCUCGAGAACUGUCAGAUGGACCAGAAGCCCACAUGCAUUUGGAAGACUCUAAAAUAUAAAACACCUACUCUGGGGACAAUGUUGUUCAAUCGAUCAAAUGCUAUGGAGUUAUACUGGUUUCUUUAUUGACAUGCACUGGUGUGCUGGGAUGUAUCACUGUGGAAACACACUGGAUUACCUGUAACAUGGCGCCGGUGGAUAAACCAUGGAUAAAGGAUAAAAACUAGGCUACUGUAUGUAAAAACUUUCCAAUGCGUCUGUGGUGAACAGACCAUUAGCAGACUACGGACUGCCAUUUAGAGAAUCAAAUUAAAAUCCAUCUGUAAACCAGAGGAAAAGAACGGGUUGUCUGAACACUGCACACUGAAACUACCGACAGGUGGUAGAGAAGGUAACACCGCAAAAAUACCCUCAAGAGAAAAAAUAAAAAAAAUUCAAUACUUUCAAGGCAAAUUCAUCAUUUCCCUGGAAAUAAAAAAUAAUGUGUUCAAAAUUGGAAAA